AUGUAUGCCGACAAAGAUCCUAAUAAAGCAAGCAUGAAACGAAAAGAUCCAGAAGACUUGCAAAUCCAGUCAAGAGAUCUAUGUUUUCCAGCUUUGGGAGACAAAAAAGCCAGCAAAGAUCCGUUAAUAAUACAAGCACAAAUAUUCGAUAUCUCAGUACGAAAAGUAUAUAUCGAUAAUGGAAGCGAAUGCGACAUUAUUUAUGAACAUUGCUUCCUGCAAUUACCAGAAGCAGUAAAGGCAAGAAUGACAAACCUUACAGGCCCACUCGCAGGAUUCGCCAGAAACCGCGUAUGGCCCCUGAGGGAAAUAGAUCUCGAUGUUACCUUGGGGAACCCUCCGUUUGCACGGACGGAAACCCUAGAUUUCACUGUAGUACGAGCACCCUCACUAUAUAACCUUCUCCUGGGAAGACCAGCAAUACAACGAAUGGAGAUGGUACUUUCCACAGUCCACGCCAUGGUACUAUUCCAAACGAAAUCAGGCGUCGGAAUGAUAAAAUUAAGUUAUGACCUGACAAAACAAAUUAGUGAGGUCAAAAAAUCAAAAGAGGAACCAGAAGAAGUGGAAGACACCCAGCCAGAGCGAUCAGGCUCAGGAUAA